CAUUUCGCUUGGCGGCGACAGUAGUCCGUUCGUUUGUUAAUCGAUCACUCCGGGAGUCGCUGUGCGUGAAUCGGUCGCUCGGUGACGCGAGAUCGUUGUCGGUGGUUUUUGCGCGCGCGAGGGAAGGUGGGGAAGAGGUUGGUCGAGAACGAACGAGCGGGCGAGCGAACGGACGGACAAACGGACAGAGACGACCUCGAGGCGGUGACGGUCCGAGAAUAAUAAGCGUGCGUUUCAACGCUACGUCACAUCCGGAGGAGAUGUAGUUGCAAACGCAGUGCGUUAGUUAACGACGUGAACGCGUCGUUCGUUCUUUCCCACGGAUGUUCUCGACGGUAGUGGGCAGAGCGGGAGACGCAUAUUCGAGAUGUAAGCGCUGGACCGACGUUGCUUAAUCGACAGCUCAACGAGAGGCCGAUCGGAGGACCGCCAAGGAAAAGGAUCGCUGUCGCGGUAUACGGGGACCCAGACGCUAUGACGAGAUAACAGAUGCAGAAUGAGAUACAGCAGCGGUAACCUAUUUGGUUAUGCGUGGCUCACGUUCACCCUUACUCGACUCAAGGUACAUGCAGAAGGCGGAGUUGCUUGCAAAGAUCAACAUGGGCGCUCCUACGAAAGUGGCUUCCACUACAUACCUGGACCUGAGCCUUGCACCUUCUGCAUCUGCGACAAUGGCAACCCAAAGUUGUGUAAAGCUUUCAUCUGCAAGUUUCUCGAGGAGGAUUGCAAAUCCUUUCGUCGGGGCGAUGCCUGCUGUGAGUUCAUCUGUUUGGACGACACACUGCCAUCGAUAUCCAAUGACAAGUCCGAUGGAACGGGAACCAACAUAAUGGAUGGGAAUGCAAAUUACGACUUGGGCUUACGAUCGGUUGCCAGUUUUGUCACAGCGAUAUUAUCAAUGAGUCUGUUAUUCUUUCUAAUACAUCGUCUGCGUCAGCGCAAGAUACAAGUUUGUGUGGCAGGUCGGGAGAACAGACAAAUCGGAGAGGACCAAAGAAGCUUAGGUAAUAUGGGAUAUUUGGAGAGAGGCGGUUUGCUGCACGGGGUGCCCAUGGACGACAUACCUUGUGGCACCGGCUAUUCAUUGUGGAAACCACCCGGCAAUUACUUCCCGCGCGGGGAAGCGCCCCCGCCGUAUGAGGAGGCGGUCGCCGCCGCGAGGGCGGAACAAGCAUUGCUGUCGAUGAAUCCGCACACGUUGUUGUCGAUGAAUUUCUCAGACAACUACAUAUCGAGCGGCAAUAAUCACUCGGGCAUAGCGGUCGUCGCGAACACCCCGAACGAAUUAACCGUGAACACGCAGCCGUUGUCCAAUGAUAGUCAUAUAAAUGCGCCCUUGAUGUCCUCGUCUUCGAAUAGACCGCUCUCAAGCCCCGGCACGUACGCGAAUUACCGACCGGUUAGCCAGAGCAGCACCACGUCCACCGGUCUGAACACGAGUACUUCCACCACGAGUUUCACCAUGGGGACGAAUAUGUACGAGAAUCUGCCCGUCUCGAUCGGCACAACGAGCUUCAACGAAGGCUCCGGUCAACAUUCCGGCGGCGGCGCGCUUUCCGCCAGCGGCCACGUGUCCGCGCAGCAGCAACCGGUGCUGCCGAUAUCGCAUUCCACAAUACCUAAGAGUUAUCGUCAGCACACGACGACCUUCCCGCGCCAAAGCGGCGGUGCGUUCACGAUAUCGGCCACUUUGUCGAAUUCCGAUGUGUCAUCGUCUCACCGCACGAUUCCGAGAACGCUGACCACUCAGCGUGUCGUGACCGCCGGCAGGGCGAAGGACGUCUCAACCGACUGCUCUGCAAAGGAUUACCUUCGCCUGUCACCUGGCAAUAUCGCACCGCAGAAUCUGCAUUCCGUGCAACUAUCUCCCGCGGCUGUCCCGGCUAAUUACAAGGAUACCAAAGACUCGGACGUGUUUUACGCGGACGUUCCGGUAGCGUCGGCGUCCGCUCUUUCACAGCCUUCGGAUUGCAUCCCGACAUAUACGGCGCACAUGACGGACGUGUCUGAGAAGACGCGCGAGUUUAAGCCUUCGCUGAGCGCAGCUAACGAGAUCAAUGCAAGCGGCAGCUUCGAGUCGGUAGCGUGUACUUGCAGUAUGCAAGCAUUGCCGACUCUGCAUGAUGACACGGAUGAUUAUCGGAGUGAGUGCGAGAACUGUAAGAGUGCGACGGGUUCUCGUUAUUAUUUAGAUAAUGAGGACGAACUAGUUACGUCUCUUCACGAAACCAUGACACUGCACAGAAGACCAGACGAUGCAGCAUCAAGUGCCACGCCACAGUAUUAUAGAACUUCACUUACACUGCCGACGAGUACACGCCAACGUACAAGGAUUACCGGGGCUCGUGAAAAUUGGUUCAGCACUAUGCCAGAAAGUUCCAGCGGAUCUUCCGACGAGAACUAAGUAUUACAAAAAUAGAGGACAAUGUUUAAGCGCGCAAAUGAAAUUAAUAUACACAUAUAGUAUCUAUAUGUUAUAUACAUAAGUAUUAAAACUAUCUAUACAGAAUGUCUCAGAAUUAUCGCACUUCUCCUCUCAUAGAUAUCAUCAUUGCUCAUGUGUCGAUACAUCAAUAAUUUUCGCAUCGUUAAAGAAAGAUCGAGGUGAAAAUAUUCAAAAAAUCGGUGUAUAAGAUUUGACACGACAUUACGCGGGGAAGCUCCCAAAUGUUCACGAAUUUUUCCAUUUAUUCGGUAUGGCGAUAGUCUGAGUCUUCCAGAAUAUUUAACUUCUCUACUCUCCAUGUGACAUCAGCGCAGGGAAAGCUCCCUAAUUUUCGCGAUUUUUUCUAUUUAUUCGGUAUGGCGAUAGCCUGAGUCUUCCAGAAUAUUUAGCUUCUCUACUCUACAUAUAAUAUCAGCGUUUGAGAGAAACUGCCAAUCUUUUGGGACAUUCUUUAUAGAGAUUGUCGUCAUUAUUGUUAUCAGCAUUAUUAUCGUCAUCAUCAGAACAAUAUCAUUAUAAUCGACAUCAUAAUCAUUAUUAUUACCAUCAUCAUCAUAGUCAUUAUCAUCAUCACCAUCAUCAGAUAGUGAAAGUUUGUUAGAAUUCAUGGUGAAGUUUCCGAAUCUGAGAUGCGUUAAAGCAGUUUAACUGCUCUAGCGAAUAGCAGAGCAGAGGAGAGAUGUUCAUAUUAAGAUAUAAACAAACAAGGCAAUAUAUUGUUUAUCAUAUAUUUAUUAUUAUCACAUGUAUUUCUACUUCGUAAGGAUAACCGAUUGUGAUGCUUGUAUUCUUUACCCAUUGAUCUGUCAUAAAUAUCCGGAUAAUACUCCUGAAACAAUUGGAAAAUUUCCGACACAUCGCUAGAAAAUGGAAAGCUGUUCCCUAUUGAGACGAUGAUCUUCAUGCGACGAUAAAAGAUGACUGCUAUCGUCUGUUUGUGUCGCAUAGCGACGAUAAAUAGAUAGAUAAUUAGAUAGAUAUAGAAGUAGAUAGAUAGAUGAAUGUUUAUUCUACUCUGGGGUGGAACCCCGUAGGGCACAAAGUAAAAAAGAAAUACAAAAUCUACUUAAAUAUUAAAAGGAGAUGUGGAGGAACGCGGUUACGAUAAACAAUGUGUGAUAGAAAUACAAGUACUGUGACACAGUAUCAUUACUUAAUUAUCUUCAAACUUGUCAGAAAAGUAAAAAAGCAAAACGCAAGAAUAAAAAGAAAGAAUAAAAAGAAGUGAAUAAAAGAAAGAAGAAAUCAAAGAUACGAAUUAUCGUAUAAGGUAGGGCAGAUUCUUGUAAACAUAGAAUUUGUUUUCUCUUACAGUUAAAGAGAGAAAAGGAAAGGAAAAGAAGAGAUGAAAAAAAAACUAGUCAUCAGGUGAAAAGUUUUAAAGGAGAGGAAACUACGACUGUAGAAAAUUCUGUAAAUUCUAACACGACAUGUAUAGACAAAGGGAGAUUUUCGAUUUAGGGACUCAUUGUUCUGGUUGAGAACGAGAGAAACGUAAAUAAGAAAAUAAUUGUCUAUAAGAUAGAAAAUAAAAAGUAAGCAAGGGAUUUGCAAAAGCGUGUGUCGAUAUCAUUAUUUGGGAAGUUUCAUAGUGAAAUCUCAUAAACUUUCGCACUUUAUUUUUACUUUUGUUGUCACCACCACCACCACUAUCACCACCGCCACCGCCACCGCCACCACCACCAUCACCACCAUCACCAUCAUUACCACCAUCACCAUCAUCUUCAUCAUCAUCAUUAUCAUCAUCAUCAUCGCCAUUAUCAUUAUUAUUAUCACUGUCAUCAUUUUCACUUUUAUCAUUACAAUCAUUAUGUUACACAACUGUUACCAUUACAUUUUUGUUUUAAGUAUUCAGUUUAUCUGUGGACAAGCAAAUAAAUUAUUCAAUUAAUGAAAGAGAAUUCUAGUACGAAACGAAUUUAGAUGUUGGUACGUUCAAGUCAUUCAACUCGUAUUCGACUUUUCUUACCAUUAAUUUAUUUGUUAACGAGUCUUGACCUUCUGUUAUUUUUAAAAACAGAUUAUGUUAUACCCAAAGAAGUAUAAAAAAUUUUAAUAGUAGACCUUUAUUGUAAAAAUAAGUAGGAUAAACUCAUAUCUAUAUGUACAUGAUAUUAGGAUAGUCACAAAAAUGUAACAAGUCAUGGGAAUUCUUCUUUCAUGAAAUGUCUACAAAUGCAAAAUAUCUGUUAAUAUAUUCUUUAAAAUGCAUAUAUAAAUUGCCUGCAGCAUCAACAAGACACUUAAAAAUUCGUAGUUGACCCGUAAAUGUUCGUUAUUAUCAAAUAGAUAUUUAACUUUCUUUUGAUGUUGUUUAAAAUCUCAUUAUUAACUAUGUGUAAAAAAUUAUGAAAUCGUUUUGCUCUUGGAAGAUUGUUUUACUCGUUAAAACUGCUUUUCAGUUGCAAUAAAAGAUAUAGAACUCUUCUAUACAUUUGUGCCAAAUUACUACAGUGUGACUGAAUUCUUCUACAUUUACGUCAAAUAUUAAGGUUUCUUUUUUAUUUUAAAUUCGCGGAUUGUCGAAAUGCCUUCGUAAAUGCAAGUAGAGACGAUAAAAGAUUUCCUUUAAACAUUUAUACGAUUUGAGUUUAAAUUGAAAGUCAGAAUUGGACAUUUAUAUCGAACAUCGCAGGGAUCGAUCGCAACGAGCAAUGACUCUCUUAUUCAAGUUUCGGAUAGAAAAAAUUGACUUCACGUUCAUCGACAAAUCAAAGAAUUUAUGACUUUUAAUGCUUUUUGCUACCAUGUAGAUAUAUGUAAAAAAAUAAUCCGGCUACACUUGUAGUAUUCAAGUCGGAAAGAAAGGAGUGAAAGUUCUGAGCUGUUAUGAGUAAACAAAAGUGAAAUCGUAACGCGAAUAUAUUUUAAUUGUAAAUUGUCUGUAAAUCCAGUAGAGCACAAAAUGUGUAUAAGUACAAGUACGAGUACAAGCUUACCACGUUUCGUGCCGAAUUUGGUUUUUAAAGUCGAUAGGAGAGUGUGGUACAAAGAGAAGUUACAUCGUUUUCAGUAUUAGAGUAUCGUUCAGUAUUAGAUAUGUUGUUUUUAAUAUUAGAAUAUUUUUCUGUAUCCUCUUACGAAACACACAACACACAUACACGUGUGCGUGCGCACGUGCAAAGUUACACACACGCACAGAUUCAUAAUGUUGACCGAACAAUAGUUCUUUGUAAUUGUAACAUGGAACUUCUUUGGGCUUCUUAAAACUUCUUGUAACGUCUUCUUAUCCAUGAUCCUGUGAAAUAUAAAUUAUUAGCAAAUAAAUAAUUUCUUCUCAUUGCUGAA